AUGAUGUUCAUUUUCACCAUGCAACUGUUUCGAGUUCCGCUGCUGGUCCUAGUCAUCCUCGGAAGAGCAUAUGCUCCUAUCUCUCCUGGUGAGAUUGAUUCUGGCUGGCUAACACUUGCGACCGGUGGUGAGUCACAACAAUCGACCAGCAGAGAGAAGAGUGGGAACCCAAUUCAAACUCUACAAACCGCUCAACUUAACGUGGAAGUCUCCACACCAGUCUCAGCUGCCAAUCAGCCUGUUCAAAAGAAAAAAGGUUCGCACUUCCUAUCGCCUGAACAUAUUGAAAGCAUUCGUGCUUCAUGGACACCAGAGCGCCGUAAAAGACAAGCCGAGCUUGCUCGUUUACAGACUUUCACUCGUGGCCCCGAAUACAAAGCCAAGAUACGGGCAUCUUGGACGGAAGAAAGGAAAGCAAUGCAAAGUCAACUAAGUCGUGCUCGAAGAUUAGGAAAACCCCAUUCAAAUGACGUGAAAAUGAAGUUAAGUAAAGCUUUGACAGGAAAAUUGAAAAGCCAGGAAACAAAGGAAAAAAUGAGAAAAUCUCGACUAGGAAAGUGUAAAAGUGAAGCUACAAAACAAAAGAUAGCUGAGUCACUUAGGAGAUCGAAACAAAUGAAGAAAGAGAUGCUACAAGAUCCUCACCAGACUUUACCUAAACAAAAAUAA